CUCCGCCACUGUAAGCCGCGUCACCCAACCGGGCUUAGUGCCCACGGAGGUCCCUGAAUUCCUCUACUUCCCUUCACAUAACCUCGCGAGUAUCUCUAAUGUUUGAAUAUCUGGCAACCCUUCCCUCCAUAUAAUACUUCCGCAUUGACUGUGAUGACAGCAUCUGAGGGUGGUAAAGCGAAGAGAACUAGGUCCAGCACUCCCCGAUCGCGCACUGGCUGCCUUACCUGUCGCAAGAGACGCAUCAAAUGCGAUGAGACGAAACCAGCGUGCCUCAAAUGCACACAGGCGGGGUGGACCUGCGAUGGUUUCGUGGCCCAACCCGAUCCCGGCUCCUCGGCUGUGACGCUUACAUCCUCUCCUCCCACGCUGGCAAUAACGCGGUAUUCGAUUCCGUUUCAGGUCCCUGGGUCGCAGAAAGAUCGCCAGCUGCUACACUACUUUUGCGUGCAAGGGUCGCGGGAGUUGGCUGGCUUCCUGAAUCUGGAUUUCUGGACGCGGACUGUGUUCGAGCAGAGCCACCAGGAGGCUGCUGUGCGGCAGGCACUGGUGUCACUGAGCUCACUGCAUCUCGACUACACGACUGGUGCGUUGACGCGGAGCGGCAUAGCACGCAACGAUACGCUCAUGCAGUAUGGAAAAGCGCUUCGCAUGCUGCAGCGGCGGAUGAAAACGUCCGACGCCGAGGCUACAAGAACCGCGCUCAUCUGCUCAGUGCUGUUCUACUGCUUCGAGGCGACGCUGGGUCACAACGAGGCUGCGACGCACCAUCUUCAGGGCGGACUCAACAUGCUGUCGUACUGGCGGAGCCAGGGUGCGGAACAGACGGACGACCUCGCUGGGAUAUCGCUCGAGUUUGAGCGGCUAGACCUACAGACCACGCUCUUCUACGACCAGCCGAUUCCCCAUCGGCCAUUCCCCUGGCACGUAGAUGGAGAGGAAGGGAGCAAUGUGCGGUCGUUCCAACGCCUCAGCGACGCACAUCGUGCCCUGGUCAAAGCGAUCGGUCGCGGGUGGCGCCUGCUCUGCGAUAACUUGAACUACAAGUUCAGUCCCUCAGAAGACAUCCCAGAGUCAAUUUUGCGAGAGAAACUGCACCUCCAAGAAACGCUCCUGCAGUGGAAGGUUUCUUUUGACUUGUUCAAGGAGCAACACAGUGAACGCACCCAAACAGCAUACGGCCAUCAGAUCCUCGUCGUACACUGGCAUAUAGCCCGCAUGCUCCUCGACGCCAUCCUCCCCGCUGACAUGGACGUUUGGGGCGCCUCGCCCAACCCGCGCGCCGCAGAGAUGCUGCGCCUGAUAGAAGACGUGCUCGACCGCGAGCAGAGCAUAGCGUCGAGCCCCGCGUCUUCGAUAUCAGAGCCGACGCAGCGGGUGGUGACUUCGGAGAUGGGCGUCAUCGCGCCGCUCUUCGCGAUGGCACUCAAAUGCGCCGACCAAGACGUAAGCAGGCGGGCGUUUGAGCUGCUUCGGUCGGUGCAGAGAAGAGAGGGACUCUGGGAAGCGUCGCACAUGUCGUCUUUGGUGUCGAAGCUGAGGAGGGCGCGAGUGCUGCGCUUCGGGCCGCGGGGCGAAGCUGCACUCACAGCGGCGCGGAGUCAGUCGCUAGAGAUGCUGUUCUAUGACGAGCUUGGGAGUGCAGAAGGCCUGUUGAGCAUGGAUACCAAGUCUCCGCAGCUUCAAAAAUCGGUCGAGGCACUGUGGGCCUCGUUCGAAGGCGCGGACGGAGGCCUCGGUGCACGUGAUUCAGAAUCCGAGCUCAUAACGUGACAGACCAUUACCCGUGGACAUGGCUCAGACAGAACUUGUGAGUGGGAAAGGUGUGCUAGUCCAAUGUUGCACCGUUAAGCAAGCAUGGCGAUGGUGAGCCGCAGGCGAAGCGGGCCUGUCGCGAAGCUUAACCCCAAGCCAAAGACACACGCGUCACCGACACGACCCUCU